AUGUGUGACCGGAAUGGUGGCCGGAGGCUUCGGCAGUGGCUGAUCGAGCAAAUCGACAGCAACAUGUACCCAGGGCUGAUUUGGGAAAAUGAUGAGAAGAGCAUGUUCCGGAUCCCUUGGAAACACGCCGGCAAACAAGAUUAUAAUCAGGAAGUGGAUGCAUCCAUUUUUAAGGCCUGGGCAGUUUUCAAAGGGAAAUUUAAGGAAGGGGACAAAGCUGAACCAGCCACUUGGAAGACGAGGCUACGCUGUGCUUUGAACAAGAGCCCAGAUUUUGAGGAAGUGACAGACCGGUCCCAGCUGGACAUUUCUGAGCCAUACAAAGUUUACCGCAUCGUCCCCGAGGAAGAGCAAAAAUGCAAAUUGGGCAUGGCGACUCCUGGCUGCGUGAGCGAGAUCCCCGAGAUGGAGUGCGGGCGAUCCGAAAUCGACGAGCUCAUCAAGGAGCCUUCCGUGGACGAUUACAUGGGGGUGGUCAAACGGAGCCCCUCCCCGCCAGAGGCCUGCAGGAACCAGCUCCUCCCGGAGUGGUGGAUGCAGCAGUCUGGCGCAGGCUUGCCGCUGGUGACGGGCUACACUGCCUACGACGUGCACCAUUCAGCCUUCUCCCAGAUGGUCAUCAGCUUCUACUACGGGGGCAAGCUAGUGGGCCAGACCACCACCACCUGCCCCGAGGGCUGCCGCCUGUCCCUGGGCCAGCCGGGCCUGCCGGGCGCCAAGCUGUACGGCCCUGAGGGCCUGGAGCUGGUGCGCUUCCCGCCGGCGGACGCCAUCCCGAGCGAGCGGCAGCGGCAGGUGACGCGGAAGCUGUUCGGGCACCUGGAGCGCGGCGUGCUCCUGCACAGCAGCCGGCAGGGCGUGCUGGUCAAGCGGCUGUGCCAGGGUCGCGUGUUCUGCAGUGGCAACGCCGUGCUCUGCAAGGACCGGCCCAACAAGCUGGAGCGCGACGAGGUGGUCAAGGUCUUCGACACCAGCCAGUUCUUCCGAGAGCUGCAGCAGUUCUAUAACAACCAGAGCCGGCUUCCCGACGGCAGGGUGGUGCUGUGCUUCGGAGAAGAGUUUCCAGAUAUGACCCCCUUGCGCUCCAAACUCAUUCUCGUGCAGAUCGAGCAGCUCUACGUCCGGCAGCUGGUGGAAGAAGCGGGGAAGAGCUGCAGCGCCGGCUCCCUGGUGCAGCCUCUUGAGGAGCCCCAGCCAGACCAGGUCUUCCGGAUGUUUCCAGACAUCUGCGCCUCACACCAGAGACCUUUUUUCAGAGAAAACCAACAGAUCACCGUUUAAGCCUCUCUCUAGGGCACCCUGUCCUGCCUACACCUCGUGCUUCAUUAUUACAAUUACUGUUGUAAUUAUUUAAGGAUGUGGAUUCCUGUGACCUGGGGCGGGAUGCUUCACUCGGCUCUUAAUUCAGUAAGGGCGUUCCCUGAGGACUUGACCUUUAUACCUGAACAGGAGAACCAUGACUCGACUCUUAAAAAAUGACCUGGAUGCUGUAACUAUAACCUGUGAUUCAAACAUUUAUUUCCCCUAAUUAUCAUUAGUUGCUAGAUUCUUUUCAGCAUUUGGGGAUAAUGGAUAUUUCCAAAGACUUACCCUUCAAUUUUACUAGCUCAUAGCUGCUUCCUGGAAAAAGAUUUGGAGAAGAUAACUUAUCAGAACACGGCUGCUUUUUGUCUCUACUUUGUGUUAGAGCGAUAGAUUCAUGAUUUCAUACGCUUGAUCGAUGUGGAGUAUCUUUUUUUUUUUAACGUGUUAAGAUGCCGAAAUACUUAGAUAACAGUCUCCCUUCAGCAAGAGAAAGCAAAACGCCAGGCUUGUUAGAGGAGUGGACACCCUGCCUUGGAUUUCCUGCCAGGCGGGCGUGUCCAGCACCAGAUGAACUGGUGUGUCCUCACCUUCACACCACG